CCUGCCUCUCCCAGUCAGUAGUCCAGUAAGAGGUGGCGAGGGAGGUGCUUCGGCUCGUUUUAUACAUAUUAUUUCAAAAUGUCGUGGCAAAAUUACGUUGACCAGCAGCUUAUGGGCUCUGGACUUGUAGCAAAGGCGGUUAUCGCUGGUCACGACGGCACAUUAUGGGCCAAAAGUAAUAACAUCGAACCCACUCGGGAAGAACUAGUAAAACUGUCAAGUAGUUUUGCAGAUCAGGGUAAUCUUGCCAUGAGUGGCGUCCAUAUAGGCGGUGAAAAGUUCUUCUACCUCUCUGGCACUGACAAAGUUAUCCGAUGCAAGAAGGGAAAGUCCGGGAUGCACUCAAUGAAGACCUUGCAAACAAUAUUGGUAGCAGUAUUUGAGGAGCCCAUCCAACACCCCCAGGUGGCUUCCGUCGUAGAGUCUCUAGGGGACUACCUAAUCUCCAUGUCUUACUGAGUGAUGGCAGAGCUCCUGAAUAUCACAGUAUCUUCACUUUGAAGUUUGUGGCAGUGGAUGACAUGUGAUAUACCAGUGUUGACCAAUGGAGUUAUGAGUGACUGUUAUGAACCAUACAUGUUCCAUCAUAACUCUUAACUCUGUCUGAACAAAAAAGCAGCAAACUGAAAAAAAAUAAAUAAUGUGGAAGCCCUUUGUUUUUGGUUAAUAACAGAUGUUGUUUGGGAGCGGCUUUGACAGUGUUGAUGUGUUGAAUCGACAUCAAGGGUUCUCAAGUGGAUAUACUUUUCGCGUUUGAACACUUUUGUAUAAUAAAAUUUUUCCAUGAACAAUUUAUUAUUGAAGCUUUCUUAUGAAUUAACUUGAACUCUUUGUAAGUGAUGAUUUUGCAUCUAAUAGAGAAGUGGCUAGCCUGUGUGCAUCUGAGCAUUUAGUGGGGGAGGGAUGAUCUGCUGCUUCCUGUCCUGCCACCCUCCUCCUUCCUCGUCUUCCUGCUGUGUUUCCUCCUUCCUCCCUCCCUCCCUCUCACUCCCAUCUGCCUACUCUCACUCUGCUCUCCCCUCUCCAACACUUGUGUGAGUGUCUAGUCUCUGCUAGCCACUGAUCCUGUGUUGAACUAUGUAACUGAAUUUGUUCCUUAGAGGAAGAAAGGUUUCUACAGGUAUAACAUCACUCAAUGGGAACGAUUAAAUGGAAUAUGCAUUCCUUAUUUUCAAGUGGUAUCUUUUAUGUUGAUAUCCAACGAACUAUAUUUUCUUUUAAGGAAACUUACUCUAGCCUGUAUCUGAAUAUUGGGUCCUGAUAUCUUACUGUGCAUUUGCUCAGUCUUAAGAUUUAUUUGUUUAUGCCAUUUAUUGCUAUUGAUUUGAAGGGGGAUAUUAAAGAAUCUCAAAUAUUUAAUUUUUUGAAAAUGGGGGAUUGAAGUCAUCAUUCAGUGAGACUAGCGAUUAUGAACCUGAAGUAAUAAAAAGUUCAAUGUGGUCAUCCUAUUAAUAAUGUUCAAAAUAUACAUCUGGUUCAGAAUUGCUGGUUUGAUAAUUUUUAACUUAAGGACAAGCACAGUACUGGCCCUCCAUGGUCAGUGCUGAUGUUUUCAAGAGGCACAAAAUUGGACCACAUGUGCCCAGGCUUGGUGUUCUGCCGCGCUGGUAGUUACUGCUGGCGCUCAGUAUUGUACAGCUUCCAUUGCCCCCAAUAAACACUACUUAAUAA